AUGGCGCCUCCCGGCGGCCUGCGCGUCGCGAAACCCUUCGCCGAGCGCGUCCAAAGCGGUAAGGGCAAGCUCAUCCGCGGCGCGCUCGCGCUGCUGCUCAAUUGGCUCGUGAUAGCUUGGUGGAUGCACUACCGGCACCACUCCAUGGAGGCGCAGCGGCCCGUCGACGUGCACAAGGCGCCACCGGCGCGGCCGCCGCCGCCGGCGCGCAGCGACAGCGCACCGAAAGCCGCACCGAAAGCCGCACCGAAAGCCGCGCCGGAAGCGGCGCCGCGCGCGCGGCCGCGGCCGCCGCCGGCCGAGCGGCCGCGCGCGGCCGCCGCGGCGCGGUCGGACCCCUACGCGACGAACGAGACCCUGGUGCUCGGCGCGGAGCGCUGCGCCGCGUUCCGCGCGGCGAACCCGAAGCUCCAGCGGCGUUUCGCGCCCGCGGGACUCUUCAACAGCGCGACGAACGCGCUCUGGCGCACGGUGCUCAACAACUGCCGGCUCACGGCAAACGGCCGCCACGACCUCUUCAUGACGCCCUGGGGUAAGCACAACCCGGCGUCCUGGCGCGGAAAACACACGGCGAAGAUGUUCUCCAACGCCUCCGUGCUCAAGUGGGCGCCGCGCCUCGCCAGCGUCCUGCCGCUCGUCAUCGUCAAGGACCCGCUCACGUGGAUGCCGUCGACGUGCCGCCACCCCUACGCCGUGCGCCUGCAUAUGGCCCAAAAACAAUCAAAAACCUGCCCGUCGCCGCACCUCGCCAAACCCGUCUCCGUCGCGUUCCAGGCGGACCGCGUGCUGCGCUACGACAGCCUACCGGCGCUCUGGCGCGACUGGCACGCCGAGUACUACGACGCGCCCUACCCGCGCCUCAUGCUGCGCUCCGAGGACCUGCUCUUCGACCCCGCGGGCGUCGCGCGGACCGUCUGCGACUGCCUCGGCGGCGACCUCGCGGCCGAGGCCGACUUCGUCAUCGAGGGCGGCAAGAAGGGCGUGGCCUUCGGCCACGCGCAGGACACGAAGGGGCGGCGGGACGCCCUGGCGUUCUACGGCGACGCGACCCGGCGCUUCGAGAAUUACGCGCCCGACGACCUCGCGUUCGUCGCCGCGGCGCUCGGCGACUUCGCGCCGUUCCGCUACUUCCGCUACGACCGCGGCGUGUCUUAA